GAUUUUAUCGCCACCAUUCCCAUGCUUAAGCGCUAUCUUCUCCGUACCAGCCGUUUACGCCCAUUUUCCAGCACUAUCAUGUCAUCCCAGUUUCCGGUUAAGUAUUCCGACAGCGAAUGGGCCGCAAAGUUGACCGCAGCGCAGUUCGAGGUCUUGCGUUUGAAGGGCACUGAGCGCCCCCACACCGGGAAGUAUAACAAAACGACCGAUGCAGGUGUGUACAAUUGUGCCGGCUGUGAACAGCCGUUGUACAAGUCUUCCACCAAGUUUGAUGCCCAUUGCGGCUGGCCAGCCUUCUACGAGGCCUUACCUGGCUCCAUUGUGACUAUUGAAGACAGGUCUGGCGGCAUGUUGCGCACCGAGAUGGUUUGUUCCAACUGCGGCGGCCAUUUAGGGCAUAUUUUCAAGGGUGAAGGCUUCAAGACCCCUACCGAUGAGAGACACUGUGUUAACAGUGUGUCGCUAAAGUUUAUUGACGCCAAAGAUGCCCCGUCAUUGUAGAGAGACAAGAGAUGAAUGAACGAAUUAUAUGACUGGAAGAAUGUAGGGGUGAGAGAAUCGUAAGAAUUUCUAAUACUCGGAAUAUCAGAAUCUGAACUUGUGACGGCAUCCACCAUUAUCGGAUUUUCAAGAUUCUAAAAAGGCCGAAUAAGUAAAAUAGUCUAAGGGUAUUAAUUCGUGGUUAC